UGGUGGAACCGUCUUGAGGUGGGAGGGCUAAAUCGCUCAAAGAAUGAAACAAGAUGCUGGAAUGAAAAAAAAAAUGUCAGGAGGGAAUAGUCGCCUUUUCCCAAGAUCUGGGAUCCAGAUAAAAAGCAGCUAAAGUUCUUGCCUUUGUAACCCAAUUUUCUGUAUUUAGGAAUUAAAAUUGCUGCUUCACCGAUCAACAUUGCUGUUCUCUCAGGGCAACAUGUAUGGCUAUGUAGAUUCUUUGCUCACCAUGUUAGCCAUGCUGUUAAAGGUAGCCAUGAACAGAGCUCAGGUGUGUUUAAUAUCUAGCUCAAAAUCGGGAGAAAGACAUCUCUAUCUUAUAAAAGUUUCAAGAGAUAAAAUCUCUGAUAAUGAUGACCAAGAAACAACAAAGAAAGCUAUAUUUUUGGUGCUUACAAGUGUUCUGACAAAAGAGGAUUGGUGGAACCUUCUCCUUAAGGCAAUCUAUGCAUUGUGUGACCUUACGCGAUACAAGGAGGCAGAACUGCUAGUGGAUUCCUCUCUGGAAUAUUAUUCAUUCUAUGAUGAUCGGCAGAAGCGCAAAGAACUGGAAUACUUUGGUCUCUCGGCAGCAGUUUUAGACAAGAAUUUUAGAAAAGCUUAUAAUUAUAUCAGGAUAAUGGUAAUGGAACAUGUCAGUAAGCCUCAGCUUUGGAAUAUCUUUAACCAAAUCACCAUGCAUUCCCAAGACGUCCGGCACCAUCGCUUCUGUCUACGAUUACUGUUGAAGAACCCAGACAAUCAUGCACUGUGUGUUUUAAAUGGCCACAAUGCUUUUGUAUCCGGUUGUUUCAAGCAUGCCCUUGGGCAAUAUGUACAAGCAUUCCGUACUAACCCAGAUGAACCCCUGUACAGCCUUUGCAUAGGCUUGAUUUUCAUCCACAUGGCAUCUCAGAAAUAUGUUUUAAAAAGACAUGCCCUCAUAAUACAGGGGUUUUCAUUCCUGCAACGGUACCUGAGCCUUCGUGGUUCUUGUCAAGAAUCUUAUUACAACUUAGGACGUGCCCUUCAUCAACUGGGAUUAGUACAUCUUGCUAUUCACUAUUACAAAAAGGCCCUGGAAUUACCUCCAUUGGUCCUAGAGGUACUGUGUGUGGAACAGCAUUUGAUUAGGAUUUGAAUGUUAAGACGUGUGAACAUUCUCACGAAGUGCCAACCUCUAUAGGCUCACGUGUUCCUAUAUCCCCCCUUUCCAAUUCUGUUUUCAUCACCAGUAAAAAACAGAACAUGCAUAUCCAUGUUGGCAUCUUUGGAUAGUUAUACAAAGGUGUUUAUAAAAUAUUUAUGGUUUUAACUCUCAUGUGUGUUGUUAAUUUAAACAUGAGAAAACCAUAGAUAUAUUAUAAAGUGAAUGUCAACUGCCUCAUGGCUUCUUGAUGAAAAGCAAUAACAAAUCAGCAUUUGACAAGCUGCCAUUUCAGUUGGAACACUCCCCCU